UGUUCUGUCUUCCGUCACUCCAAUUCAAACUAGUCUCUUACAUGUAUUUAGGUCAAGGGAUUUUUUUGUACAUCGUGUAUUUGUGGGAACGGUGUGAAAGUUAAUGGCAGCCAUUCGGUCUUGGGAGGCAGUUACUAACCGUUUGACGAUGUUAGAAAUUGAAUUUCUUAUAACUGGGAGGUGGUUUGGUUUUUUUUUUUAUUUGAAAAUAUAUUUCAAUAAUUUUUUUAAUUUUUUUUUUAUAUUACUAUACACCCAAACCCAUCAAUUUUUAUCGAUCUCGCAGCAAGAACUCUCUUUUCAGUCUAGACCCGUUAUUUUUUUACUAAUCUCUUUUGUUUUCCUCGCUUACUUCGGAUAACAUUGUUGUCAACGUCCAGCGAAAAUGGAGCAAACUCCAGGAGAAGAAAUUGGAAUCAGAAUCUACACUGCAUCCCCUCAAAAUGAACCAAAAGCAACAAAAAUCUCCACUGGAUCCCCACAAAAUGAUGAACCAAGAGCACCAAAGCCAUUAUGCAACCUCACCAAAGCCCCUAAAGAACCAGGCAACAAAAGGAGAGCCGUGGCUAAAGGAAUGCAAAAAACAAUCUCCAAAACAUCAAUGCUUGUCAACUUCCUUCCUACAGGCACCCUUUUGACUUUUGAAAUGCUUCUCCCAUCAAUAUCCAGGAAUGGAGUGUGCACUCCUGUUACUGCCCUAAUGAUACAUGUCCUGCUUGGCCUUUGCUCUGUUUCCUGCUUUUUGUUUCAUUUCACCGACAGUUUUAAAGGCCCGGAUGAUAAAAUUUACUAUGGUUUUGUUACUACAAAAGGGUUGGCUGUUUUUAAUCCUGGUCUUACCGUUGAUGUGCCUAAAGAUGAGAGGUACAAAAUUGGGUUUACCGAUUUUGUUCAUGCAAUGAUGUCGGUGAUGGUCUUCAUGGCAAUUGCGUUGUCAGAUCAUAGAGUGACUGAUUGCUUGUUUCCUAGGCAUGUCAAGGAGAUGGAUGAAGUGAUGGAGAGCUUUCCUCUCAUGGUUGGUGUAAUUUGCAGUGGCCUGUUCUUGGUGUUCCCUACAAGUCGACAUGGCAUUGGAUGCAUGGCUAAUUGAUUAUUAGUGUGUUUUUGCUAGUAUUAUUUUAGAGUGAUUUUUUAUUGAAUGUUUUCAGUCCUGGCCUAUCAGCAAUCAGGGUUUGUUAAAACUUUGUUGUUUAAUAUUGACCUGGGAAUAAUUGUAUUUGUUAGUCUCUACUAUCAAGUAAUGAUUCCUUUCUUUUUCUUUGUA